UUCAGACUUUAAUCCAGCUGAGACUACAACAUGCUGCUUAUUUGUUUGGAAUAAGAGUACGUUCGCCAAAUGGCCGAUGCAAAUGGCUCCAUAUUAGAAACAUGAUCAGAAGACAAUUAAGAAAUUAUACCGCUCUGAUCCUGAGAGUAAAGUUCUACAUACAACCUCAGCAGCUUGAUGUUAAUACAAGGAAAUACCUCUACAGGCAGUUGUUGCAAGACCUUCGAUCUGGCACACUUAAGCCAUCGUCAAAGGAACAAGCUAUCCAACUGGUCACUCUCAUUGCGCAGGUGCACUAUGGACCCAGUAGCGGCCGAAACACAAAUGCUGACAGCAUCUUUGAAACAUAUGGUCAAAUGCUGACGCCUGACGAAGAUGUGUUACAAAGUAUAAUGGGGUUUUGCAAAAAAAUGUCAGAACUGAGUAAAGGACAGGCGCAGAUGAAAUUUCUCCAGUUAGCUUCCACUUUGCCAUUGUAUGGAUUCGAGCGGCACGUGACUGGAAACACGUCAGGAAUUAUUGCGUUGCUGAUCGGUUCUUCAGGUCUGAAGAUUGAAUACGACAUGCACGAGCGCAAUUUAAGGUUUGUAGACUCAAAGCUUAAGAUAUGUAGGAUAAAACCGAUAGUUCAGCAACGUACAUAG